GCAGAACUACUUUUUCUAUUUAGUUUUCUCAUCCAUUCAUAUUCACUAUUGCAUUAAAUUUUAUCUCAACAUAUUUGUAUACUAUUUUGUACCAGCUACACAACACAACACAGCAUAACUUAGCAAAACAAAUCAUUUUCUGUACUUUUAUUUUAAUUAGACUUGUUACCAGUUCAUCUAUUUGGUUUACUCACAUUCGCAUUAUAUUUUCGCGCACAAGCAAGCAGCCACAACAUUGCUCCAGUCAGUCUGACAACAAAAAAUCACAAACACAGCUCCACACAUACAUAAAAGGUUCAUAUUCUUUUGACAAGUACAAUCAAUUCUGUUAGUUUCCCCAUAUACCCCCCACAUCAAUGUCGUACUCAUUCAUGAAGCGUUACAACCGCCUAUGCAUGCGGCCCGCCGGCGUCCGCAACAGGCACAGCCUGACUGUAGACACGCGGUUCGUCAUUGCACACACAGAUUUUGAGUCGCAAUACAAUGGUAUCUUGUCCAUCCGCAAGGGCGAUAUAAUCCGGGUCAAGCAAGGCGGCGACGGUCAUCCUAAAUGGUGGCUGGGGACAGUGAUUAGAAGUUAUGAGAAUACAAAGGGCCAUGGUUAUUUCUUCCCCGUCCUUACUGAGCAGUACAACUUCAUGGAUAAUAGGAUUGCGUCACGUAUUCCAAUGGCUCUGCUGGAUAUCCAUGGACAUUUCCGCAAGUACGACAAGAAGCGUGUGCGCACCAAGGCCUAAGUAAUAUUAAAAUUAAAGCGGUUGUCUAUUUUAUAGUUUUCUCUCAAUAUUGUAACAAUAUGUACUCCAAUAAAGUAUUUUUUCAUAUCAACAAUUUUUUUAUUUUUUUGUAAAAAAGAUAUACAAACAUUACAUUUUUUCUUUCGAAAAUAAGCUCAAAAA